UCCAACCGACUUGGAUAUAUUCGCUCCGCGGUUGAAAAGUCGCGGUUAAUCGGGGAGAAACGAGAGAAGCGGCGAAAGGCAGGGUUUUUUUUAGUAAGGCGCGAUCUUAACAGUUGCAUCGAGUAUACGGGCAUAAAAACCAACUAUAAAACGACAAUAAAGCAACAAAUUCGUAAACAAUCAAAGUAACGGCGAUUCAUGUACCGAUCACCAGUCACCAGUCAUGCUGUAGACACGUAGACAGGAUGCCUCUGAAGUGACUCGAAUAUGGACCUUGAUUUCUUCGAACUCUCUCCCCAGGAUCUGGAUGAAAUAAAUAAUAGCGAUGGCAUAGACAAUCUGGAUCUCUUGGUGCAAGGAGCCUUCGACGACAGCAUCCAACUAGGCCACAAUGGCCACCUGUCCGGCGGAGGAGGAGUCCACUCCCACAUGGAGUCGCCGCACACGCCGCCCAUGAACGGCCUGGAUGCCCAAUUGAGUAGCGCCGGUCGCGUGGGCAGUACGCCCUUGGCGACGCAGGCCCAGACCCACGUGCAUCCGCAGCUCCCGGAGAGUCCUCCGGACUCGCAGCCUGCCUACAGUCCGCUGGGCGAGGGUCAUGGGAUGGGGAUGCAGGGGCGGGAGCUCAUCUAUCCAGGUCUGCCGCCUAUGCAGCACCAGGCCAACAUGCUGCAGACCGACCUGAGCCAGUAUGCCUCCCCUCCGCAACAGCAACAUCACUUUACGGCUCCGCAGGCCGAUGUUCGGAUCAAGCACGAAUCCGGACUCAUCAUAAAUCCGGGCAACCUGCUGUGCCAGCAGCAACAGCAGCAGAUGCACCAGCACCAGUUGAGUGAUCAGCAGUUUGCAACACAUCAGCAGCAGCACCAGGAUGCGAUCCUCCAGAACCAGAUGCUCUACUACGAAGAUAAUGGAGGAGCCGGUUCGGGAAUGUAUUCGUCCGGCAGCUAUCAGAACCUGUCCACCUGCACUCUGACCUCCGCCCUGGGACUGGGGGAUCGUGUCCAGGUGAUCGGGACAAGCCAGUUGUCCCUCAACCGUGUGUCCGCUCCCUCGACGCCCGUGCACUCGUUGUCGCGCAAGCGCAAGAUGUCCACGCAGCUGGAUUGUCCGGACUUUCCGACUGCCCCCAAAGUGGAUGCGGGCCUGCAGAUGAGUCCCCUGCGCGCCUCCCAUCACUCCCUGGCCACCCCCACACCGGCGCCCUCCCACUGCUCCGCCUCCGUGUCGCCAGCCCUGUCGGCCGUAAACUCCCAAACGGACAACAGCCUCGAUGGACAGCCUGGUGGUUUGGCCACCGGAUCGGGUUCAGGCUCGGGAUCCGGCUCCGGAUCUGGCAGCGAGGCUGGCGACCCGGCGGGGGGCCAGUGCAUCCGGUUCCACGGAUUUCAGCCGGAGAACUGGCACAAGCUGUUCGACCAGAGCCUGCAGGAGCUGUCCGUGAUCUACUACCGCGUGGACGCGGACAAGGGCUUCAACUUCAGCGUCUCGGACGACGCGUACGUGUGCCAGAAGAAGAACCACUUCCAGGUUACUUGCCAUGCGCGCCUCCAGGGCGAUGCCAAAUUCGUGAAGACACCGUCCGGCUUCGAGAAAAUCAAAUCCUUCCACUUGCAUUUCUACGGCGUCAAGUUCGAGGCGCCCAACCAGACGAUCCGCGUGGAGCAGAGCCAGUCAGAUCGCUCCAAGAAGGCCUUCUAUCCCGUACCCAUCGAUCUCCAGAAGCACAUCGUCAGCAAGAUCACCGUGGGACGCCUGCACUUUUCGGAGACGACGAACAACAACAUGCGCAAGAAGGGCCGUCCCAAUCCCGAGCAGCGCUUCUUCCAGCUGGUCGUGGGGCUCCAUGUGCACACCCAUUCCGGGAACUUUCCGGUGGUGAGCCACGGCAGCGAGAAGAUCAUCGUGCGAGCCUCGAAUCCGGGUCAGUUUGAGUCCGACGUGGACCUGUGCUGGCAACGCGGCCUCACCCCCGAAUCGGUGUUUCAUACGGGUCGCGUGGGCAUCAACACGGAUCGUCCGGACGAGAGUCUGGUGGUCCAUGGCAACCUCAAGGUGUCCGGCCACAUCGUCCAGCCGAGCGACAGUCGCGCCAAGCAGGAGAUCGGCGAGCUGGACACAUCCGUGCAGCUACGAAAUCUCCAGAAGAUCCGGAUAGUGCGCUACCGCUACAUGCCGGAGUUUGCCGUGCACUCGGGUCUCCGGCGGGAGAGCGACACCCGGGAGAUCGAGGACACCGGCGUGAUUGCGCAGGAGGUGCGCGAGGUCAUUCCGGAUGCAGUGCAAGAGGCUGGCAGCGUGGUGCUGCCCAAUGGAAACGUCAUCGAGAACUUCCUGCUGGUCAACAAGGACCGCAUCCUAAUGGAGAACAUCGGAGCCGUCAAGGAGCUGUGCAAGGUGACCUGUUCGCUGGAGACGCGCAUCGAGCACCUGGAACGUGCCAACGUUGGCCAAAACAGCCAACAACUGCGUGCCAAGGACCUGCUGGAGCCGCGCUGCAUCCUGCCGGAGCGAGGAGCCAUCAAAUCCUUCGGCAGUCGGCGCGACGGAUACGAGGUCUGCUCCAGCCGAUCCCUGCAGAUCGUCAUCUUCCUGCUGAUCAUCGUAAUGGCAGCCUGCCUGGCGGCGGUGUCCACGCUGUACUUCGUGGAGCACAACAAGCAGCAGCAAAUGGACGGCUACCAGCUCUUUAGCAACGGGCUCUUCCGUCCGGAACCGGGGUCAACGCACCUGACCGACGAGGAUAGGCACUACUUCCACAACCUGCACACGCUCUUCAAGAACAAGACGCACGGAAUAAGGCCAAGUAAGACGUCCGCCAUUAGCACAUCCCGUCCGGAGGAGCCGGAGGACCUGGCCGCCGUGUUGUCCAAGCCACAGGUGUCCGCUAGCCAGCAGCAGCAGCCGAGUCUGAAGCACGGUAUCAUCACAACGACGGCGCCGCGAUUUAGCAACAAGACCAUCAACAGCAAGAAGAGCAAGUGGCCGCCCACCCAGGAGGUACUGCGUCAGGCAGCGGGUCAAAAGUUGCACUUGGCCGUUGCGCCAGUCCAUGUGGUUCCUAAUACACCCGCGAAGUCGCCUCCUCCCGCUGCCCUCAACGACACGGUGGCCUCCACGGAGAAGCCACCCCAGGCCAUUCCCUUGCCCCAGGAUUUCGAGAACAACUCCAUCGACAUCGAUGCCCAGCAGAAGCAGUCGCAGCUGAAGCUGGACGAGCACAUCGUGGUGGUGGGCACCAUUGCCAGUCCCGCCUCCGAUGGCUAUGACUCCAAUUCCCCAGCCGCUGCCGCCCAUCCCAUUCGAAAAUUCAACCCUGGUACCGUUUAUACCCACGUCUACAAGACCGUAUCGCCACCCACGGCCAAUCAGGCACUGACCACCAACAAGGUGAGCACUGAGUCUGCACCGAGUCCGCUUGCCCAGGCUCUGGACGUACCUCCACCGGCUCUUCCGCUGAGAAACAGCAGCGAUAACCCGGAUGCCUUGGACCUGCAGAACCUGAGCAACACCAACGAGUCCGUGGACAACCCCAUCACCGGAGUAUACGGAGUGUACGAGUACCAGGGACCGGGCUUAAGAGAGUCCAAUCUGGGUCGGCGAUCGGCCAGUCAGCGGAGUCUGGACUGGAUCAGGCAGAAGACCUUCAAGGCGGAGCUCGUUGGACAGCCGGCGGAGUGCAAUGGAGACGAGUCGGUCAGCGAUAAUUGCCAGUCCGUUUGCUUCGAGGGACUGCCACCGACUCAGCCCCAGCCGGAUAAUGUGGAUGCCAAUGUGAAGGAGCAGCACGUGGAGGACGAUCUGCAGUCGGCGGAGGAGCAGGAUCAGGAUCCGGACAUCAAAGAGACUCUGCCCCAGCCCGCUGCCUCGGUUGGCAAUGAGACCUUGGCUGGCCUCGAGGCUCAGCUGGGCAAGAGCUCGCACAGCACUGACGCCCUGGCGAAGAAGUUCCCCCAGGAGUCGGAGACGUUGAUCACAGCCAAGGACGAUCCCGUCUACCGCCUGGUGCAGGCUGGCUCUGGCCAAGAUCAGGGACCAAAGACGGAUGAGACUGUAAUACCACCCUUCCAGCUAGAUUGCUGGAGUGUGUCCAGUUGCGUGCUGGCCGCCCAGUACAAUCACACCAUCGAAGUGGAGCAGUUCUGUCCCACCUCGGGCAGUUCCCUCAAUGUCAGCUAUGUAGUCCCGGUGUCGCGUUAUCUGCAGGCCAGUAGCCUGGAGCUCCACUUGAGCUCCAACAAGCCGCUGCAGUGGUCCAUCUGUACCGAUGAGGAUCAGGCCAAACCCAGUGCCAACGCACAGCUGGACGAGAAUGAUGAGGCCACGUCCGCCAGCGGGGUGAAGAUCCUUAAGCGGGACAAGAACAAACUGAGUCUUUCCCUAGAUCUUCCCGCCCGCGGCUACUUUCUGCGGGACUUUAUGCUGCGCGCCAGCCACGACUUGGAGCAGUUGCAGCAAAAACUAUGCGACGACAACGCUCACCUGGCGAAUCCCAUACUCCAGUACAACUUUAGAAUCGUAAGAGAUUGUGAUUAGUUUACAGCUUAAUUUAUGGCACGGAUCAAAUCUGAACUCCAAAAAUAUGCGCAUUGCUGUGUGUAUACUGCAUGUUUGAAUGUUGCGGAUACGUCCUGGCACCCGGAAAACACGUUUAAAUUAGAAAAAUGCGAAAAUGAUAUAAACAAAAAACUGUUGAUCAGCGAGCGGAAGUUGAAAUGAAUACAUUUAUACGUAAAAAACAAAUCAUUAAUAAAUGCAAAACAAUUAUCGACCAUUUAAAUAAAAUAUGUAGAGAAAUCUUUUAAA